AUGAUUCCUCAUUCACCUACUAAUUAUGAAGAUUUCAAGUCACAGGUAAAUGCUGCACGAAGUGAAGGUGCACAUUGUGUUAUGGUUGGACGUGCUGCAUUUAAUAACCCUUGGCACACUUUGGGACAUGUUGAUACUGCAAUUUAUGGUGCACCAAGCAGUGGUCUGACACGACGUCAGGUCCUUGAACAGUAUCAAGUCUAUGGGGAUUCUAUCCUUGGAACAUAUGGUAAUAAUAGACCCAAUGUCCGGGAUGUGAUGAAGCCGUUACUCAACCUUUUUCGGUCGGAGCCUGGAAAUGGUCUGUGGAAGCGAAAAGCUGAUGCGGCUUUUCUGAAGUGCACUACAGUCCAAUCCUUCCUUGCAGACACCAUCGUAGCAAUUCCGGACUCUGUCUUAGAUUCGCCUAUUGCAGAUGCACCAGCUGGUCGUAAAGAUCUUUUCACAGACAUUCACAAUCUGCUACCUGCUCCAUAUGCAGCAAGAGAAGAGGAGGUACUAUAUGCUUAGUUUCUAUAGGAUUCCAUACAAGGCAGGAAAACAAGUGGUAUUAAUGUAUUCAUUCCAAUUUUUGGAUAUGGGCCUGAUUGGUCAGUUGUAGCAAUAUUUAACAAUUACAUUAGUGAAUAAUGCCCUAUUCUUUCGUCACCCUUAAAUCGGUGAUAGAAACAUUUUGAUGAUUUCAGUGUAAAAUUACUAGAAAAUGUAAAACAUUUAUGGCAUAUAUAUAAGCUCCUUUGAGCCUCUAGUUAUAUUACA